CUUAGGGGAAUUCAAAGGAACAGUACUUAACGCGAUUUUCUUUUUACUUACAGAUAUUUCCCUAACAAGCCCAGGUUAAUCAUCAACAAAUUUUCCUCAAAAGUGGAUUUUUUUUUAAAAACAAUUUCAUUUUAUAUUUUUUUGGAUUGCGGAGAAAAUUUGCUUACGAUAUCACAAAAAAAAAUCGUUCUUAAGAUGUGAUUUUACAAAGAAGCAGCUCAUAUAGCACAUCUGGACAAUUUCCACAAAAUUGGUUAUAACUCAGGAACGGAGAAAAACCACAUCUUGAAAAUUUCACAGAAUAUACUUUAUGUAGUUUUCGUCCAAAAAUAUUUUUUUUUGUGAAUUUUUCCGGACUUUCUAAUUAGUUUUCCAACUUUUCCAACUGAUUUUCACAUAAAAAUAUGACUAAGAUGUUUCGUUCUCGAGUUAUGAUUUUUAACCUUCCUUUUGCAUUACGUUGGGCACAGCUCGCUGGCGUAGUGCACGGUUUGGGUCAAAAAUGACCCUAAUGCCAAAGGAGGGUUAAAGUAUGUGGUGUAUGUGGAAAAUGAUGCUGAUUCUUUUCAAUUUAGUUUUUGUUCAUAAUAUGUCAUAUUGUUCAUAUAUGAACCCUACCUAUGGAAAAAAAUUAUUGAAAUCGGAGUACCUUCGUACUAAUCUGUACGAUAAUUGAAAAAAUCCUUUUACAAGAAUGCCCCUUCCGCGAUAAUUACGUAAAAAAAUCGUGAAAAAAAUAUUCAUGGAGGGGUUUCCACGGAAUAAUUCUAAAUUCGGCGCAAUACUGAAGUCAUUUCCAUGGAUUAGUACCAGUACCAGGGCGCUAAAAUUUGGAACCUAGCUCUGAUUUUACCAUAACAGCACUGGAUAUGAUGCAAUAGGUGUCAAUCGCGGAGGAUAUUUAAAUAAAUAUUAAACAACGUCAGUAUUAGACCAAAAUUCUUCUCGAACAAAUGUCCAUAUGCCAAACAAGAUUUGUACCUUUGAAUUUUCUCGCUUGGAUCCAGAUUUGUAUAAAAAUCUGUACAUUAUAGUUCAAAACUUCAUAGAAUAAUUGUUCAAGCAACUUUAGAAUGCUACUCUUAUAUCAAAAGGAACAACCCUACAUCCGGAUCCACUCCACCUAGCUGUGAACUGAUAGUGCACGGUGAAGUCAUCACCAAAAGCGUCAAACAAGGUUCUACCUACAUACACUCCUCGAUCACAUAUACUCAAUCGAACUCGUCGUAACGCUAUGUUGUUCCCAUAAUCAUCGGCCUAGAGCGGCGCGCAGCGUAGCUCCCGAUCAUUCAACGGCUUCAUGAGCGACGUCGUCGUCGACCAGCGAGUGCACAGUUUCUCCGCAAUCUACUUGAUGACCGAACCUAAGUGCGCAGUUUCGCCAAACGAUAUCAAUUGAAGUGCAACUGCAGCACUAGGAGCAGCAGCCAGCAGUUUCGCAAUCAAAGCCGCCGAGUGCCGAUCAAAGGUCGCCCGGUCGCGAACAGAUGAUGACCCCGCCGCCGUUGUGUGGUUGAUGGCGAUCGCGUUUGCGAGUUUUGCGAAUUUCUCGGCAGACAGCACGUUGGCGUUAGAGAUGUAAUCGUCAGGGGAGCCCAAUACGGGGGGGCCAUCAGAGGGCGGAGAUAAUUAUUAGGGAGCUCAUUGGGAUCGAAACAAGCGAAAAUUUCACUUUCUGAUACCUAGGUACCUAGAUUCGUUGUUGCUGUUAAAUCACGAGAUCGAGAUCGAGAAGUUGAUGGGCCGUCCGGCCGCAGAGAUGGUGACGACGACGAUCUCGUAGUGUUUUUAGUGAUCACGAAGAAUAAAUUAAUUUAAGGUGCUCCCAACUGGAUUGUGGUGAUUAAUGAAGAUCGUGUCCAACGGUGGGAAAUUGUAGCAAAUUAUCUUCGUUAGUGACGGUUUCGGUGUUUUUUUUUUCGGUGCUCGUCAAAGUGUAAUUAUAUGGUCUAAGAAGCUUCAGAAGUACCUACUGUGGUGCGAUUCCAUGCACACCUCGAGGCUAGGACGCGGUUGCCCGAUGGUGUGAAUUUGCGAGCUGACGAUGUUGUGACAGCUGACUGAAGGAUCGUGUUCAGCAACUUUAUUAUCAGCAUUUAUUGUUCAUUUUUUAGACUGUUCAGACGGCAUCGCCCUGGAGGCCCCAGUUGCCCCUACCGAAGGACAUAACCUUGCACGUGCAACAGCAGCAGCAGAAGCGCGACAUGGACAAGGUACCGAGCAGUAAGAGCAGCAGCAACAGUGCCGCCAAGGACGGCAAGGACAAAAAGUGGUCCCUUGGGAAUCUGUUCCGUCGGAAGCAGCAGCAGAAAAAGGAGCAGGAAUACGACUCCAGUUCGGAGGAGGAUCGCAAGGCGGGAUUUUUACCGCUGAAGAGCAAUAGGACGCAAGCCGUAUCGCAGACGGGAACGUUGAAUGGGAAGAACCGCAAGAAGCGGUCGAGUAAGCUAGGAACGUUCGAUCACAUCGUAGUUAGUCAGAAUCAGACGAACAAUAGCUACGGGUUUAGGGAGAGUGAAAGCGUUAAUUCGAUCGAUAAGUACGUCGUUUCGAUGGGUUCAGUAGAUAGGAGAUCGCACACAGAUCGAGAGAAGAUCAAGGAAGGUGACGGAAGCGAUCAGGAGUCACAAAGAUCGUCGUCGAUGACGAGGUUCAGAAGUGAUGAUAGUUUGGGAAAUCAAAGCGGCGGGUCACAUAGGAAAUCGCGUUCGGCAAGGACCAAGCGAUACUUGAAGAGAAUGUCCAAGGAUGGAGAAGGCAGUCCGGUGAAUCGAUGGCACACGCAGCCGAUAUCUCCAAGCAUGCUCCACGGCAGCAUCCAGUCCGUAGACAACGCUCACAAACGAGGUUACCCAGUUGCGACACAUUCAAGCCUCAGGAACUCUUCUAGUCUUACCCAUGUGCCGCAUCAUUUCCACCCGCCCAAUCCGUACGCUCAUCAGCAGCAGGUCUUCCAGGUCAAUCCUUCUGCGACUUACGAAAACAGCUUCUACAUUCAGAGCAAAGCAAACUCCAUGAGGGAUUCUAUCCGGAGUCCUCCACCUGUCCCUCCACGGGAUCCACAGCGUAGACUUACCAUUGGGCAUCCCAGUGAUGCUCGACCCAUUUCCUACGCCUUCGAUCGCUACCAGAUGAACGUUCAGCAGAACGGAAACAUCUGGCAGCCGAAUGGCAAAUGUACCAGUGACGAUCGACUCUGGGGUUCGAACAUCACCCUUCAACAGCAGCCGACCACACCUCAAAGCUUCGUGAACAUGCAUGCCGUGACUCCACCUAGACCGGCAUCCGUACAGCCUGAACCCACCCAGAAGCGCUACAUCUCUCGCCAUCCGCAGCAGCAGUCCAACCCCUCACCAAAUCAGGGCUACGUAGUCCUUCAUCACAACCACCAUCACCAACAUCAUCACCAUCAGCCGCAGCCACAAUAUCAAGUGCAGCAGCAGCCACAACCACAGUCACAAGCUCAGCCGCAGCCACAAACUCCGAAUCAGAUUGCCAAGCGGCCAACCGAGUACCGCUACGUAACGGACGUAACGCCUCGAUCGCGAAAGCCAAUCCAAAUACAAGACCGCACCUUUGAACCUUACGAACCAUCGCAACAGAUGCAACGAACUACUCCAACAAGUACGCAGCCAAUCUACGGAUCCACGGCUUACGUUAGAACGCGGCCUCUGAAGUCGGACCAACAGGAGGAGAACCGUAAAACACCUCAACAAUCCGCAUCCGCUUUCUGGCGCAAGAUCGAAGAAGAUCAGAAUUCCGUCCAUCGCCGCGGACGGGCUGCCGAUCGGAGACAACAGGUCCCGGGCGUAAACUCCCGCUCCGUGUCCAGUUCUCGGGCUCUAGAGGUGAUGAACCGCCGUAAUCACGAUUUAUCCAAGGAGUUGAGUAACCUAAUUUGUGACGACAGGCCGGAUGACGAUCAACAGAAUGUGGUCAAUGGGCGACUAUACCUCCGACAGGCUCAGGAUCCCACGAGGGAAAAAUCCCGCACACCACCCAAGAACAAAUACGAGGAAUACGUAGCCAAAACGAUCGCCCAGUCUACGCAGGCACCCGUUCCAACGUCAACCUAUCGGAAAUUCAGUGCGGAACGUGACUCCAACACACCCACCAAUUUGCAUCAUGUCAGGAGUCCUCCGCCUCCUCCUGCACGAGGAAUUUCCAAGCGAAAUUCCUGCUCGGAAGAAGAACUAUCCAAGAAGCAGAAGAAUGCCAACCUUGAAGAUGCCAUCAACGAACUGGAAGCCAUCUAUAAGAGUCUUCGGCUCAGCGACGAAGAUCUGCUGGAUCGCGCCGAGCUGCGUGACGUCCCCACGCCAACCCUGUUCAACCGGCAGCCAAUCAAGCCAACUUCCGAUUAUGAUGAUGAGGACGAUAGCGGCGAUCGUCGCAAUUCCGAACCCAACAUCGAACUGGACGACCUGAACUUCCGUAGCAGAAAGCGGGCAAACGAGACCUUCAAAACACUGGAAGUUCAACCACCGUUCGGAAUUCCUGUCGGUCCGAUCCCGCCAUCACCCAAUACGGAUUAUCUAAGCGCCAACCCGGCCAAGCCCCACAAACCGCGGUUCAUUCCGAAACGCUCGCCCGACCUUAUUUCGGACGACUUGGCCGUCAGGCAGCUACGUCGGGACAAAGAUCACCCACAAGCCAUCGAUCGUCCCAACUACGUUGCCGGCGAUACAUUGUCGGACAAACCAAUCAACAGCAUCGUUGAAGACGUCAAGAAGAAGCGCAAUAGUCACAAGGCCACCACCAACUCGCUGGCGUCCAACAUCUACAACCUAAUUCAACGGGACGCAGCCAAACCUUCCGGUGGCAACCUCGAUGACUACUACCGAAUCGAACAGGUAUCCAAAACGAAACCGGAGGUGGACGAUGUGCCUUCUGAUGUCUUGGUUGUUCCCAAACCGAAGAAGUCACCGAAAAAAGUCGACCAGCACUCGACACCCCGAACCAAGAGCGGCUCCCCGAAGAUCACCGGAGGAGCGGUGUUUAACCUACCAUCAACGCUUAAGUCGACGAAGAAACCAACGCCAACCGUGUCGGACAACAGCAGUGCACCGAGCACUCCGACACAGAAGACUCCGACUCCGGCGAAAACCAACGGGGAUGGUCCGGUGAUUGUCGGGGCGAAGCACAAAGCCGAGUUUGAGGACAUCUUGAAUGCGAUCGCGCAAGAAGCGAAGGACACCAGCGAGAAGUUGGGCAUGGAUCUGGCCGAACUGCGCAAGGAGACCAAGUCGGUGUCCAGCGGGACCAGUCCCGAGACGAAGCCGAAGAGUAAGGCGAUUGCUCCGCAAGGCAGCAGGAAGUCUUCGGUUAAGGUGGAUGAGAAGGAGAUCGAUGAGGUGGCCGAGGCGGCGAAGUAUUGCCGGGAGAUGCUGAAGAAUGUGGUGGAGGCGCCCAAGCAGUUGGAUGAGGAGAAGCUAGUCAAGGAGAUUGAGGACACGUCCAAUGCGGCGAUGCUGUGUCACGGCAUGAUUAAUAGGGUGAUGAUGGUGACGCAGCCGGUGGUGCAGGCGCCGGAGAAAUCGGUGUUGUCAGGGUUGAUCCAGGAGUUGACACCGCAGGUGGAGGGUGAGGAGAGUUUUGACAGGUUGUCGAAGCGAUGUCAAGAGCAGUUGGAAGAGUUGGAGUCGGUUGGUGAGGGAGAUAAGUCGACGAUUGAGAGGGAUUACGAGAGCUUGGUGGAGAGUAUCAAUCCGUUGGAGUCGGAUUCGGAUAAGAAGAGUACGGAGGAGGAGAUUGAUUUGAUUAUGAAGGAGUGCGGCAUAGAGAAUGAUGUGCAGAUAACGAUAAAUUCAGUGCCUUUGGAGAAUCAGGUGGAGUCGUUUGAGGGUAGAAAAUAUAGUAAAGAAUCCAGUUUGGAGCUGAGCGAUGUUCAUGGGUCUUCGAUAGCUUCGACGGAUCCAAAAUCUUCGAGUGAGACGGAACAGUUCCCAAAGUCUUCGGACGUUACGUCCUGCAACCUGCUCUCGUCGAGUGAUUGCCGGAAGUCCAACGGCAGUGCGUCGUCAGCUGUUAGCUCAAUAGUUUCGACGUCUAUCGUGCCAGUCGCGGUUGAAUCGACACUGGCUGAGGUUAUUCCGGUUCCGGUAGGGGCAGCGUCUGGUGCGCCGCCUCCGUUGCGCCGAUCGCCGUCGGAUGCCGAAUCGCAGUACAACUCUUCCGAAGAGCUGGCGAUGAUCUUUGGCAUCAAGAGUCCAACACCGACAGAUAACAAACCAUUCGUCAAUAGCGCCAUUCUAGAGCUGGAAAAGAAGCUUUCAUCCGCCACUGCCAACGUAAGCUGCCAAACGCAAUAUAAUUCUAGUUUACAGCAACCUCAUCAAGUGCAACAGCCGAUCUAUCAGCCGAACAAUCAUCAUCAACAACAGCCGCAUCAGCAUCACCUCAACCAACAACUCUAUCAACCGCAGCAUCAUCCGGUGGCCGUGUCCUACAACAACGACCCCCGGACGCAACCAUCUAGCUCAAGCCUCGCCAGUAUCCUGCAGGUGCUUCGGUCGGAGCAAGAAUCCGCCAGUUCCGCCUUUGAAAAGCGAUCUCCUCGGUGGGACUCCUCGCAUCUCCGAUCUUCAAGUCUCGAUCGCAGCGCCGUUUCGCCUGCUGUGGGACCUCCUAAAUUCUCCGCGGUAAACUUCCGCAAAGUCCAACGACAUCCUCCGGUAUCCUAUCCGAAGAAACCUCUAGUCACGCAACGUUCGCUCGGAGGAUCUCCACCGUCACCGAACGUCGUCGGUCCUUGCUAUUCGCCAUCUUUCGGAGUUUCCAAUUCCCACCAUUACAACUACAUCCACCAUCAGCAGCACCCGCAACCGACUCCCUCAGCUUUCGCCGUCGCCACCAGUGGAGGUCAACAGCGAAGACCUCCAGCGCAGAAGCCGGCCCUCAGGCGGCAUGACGCAUUCCUGAAAACCCGCUCCAAAACCAUCUCGGACUUUUUCGGUCCUGAAUCCACGCCCAUCAGCCGUCUGCUAAAUAUAAUAUGCCAAGAGAAGGAAGCGGAAAGAGCGAAAGCGACCAUGAGCAGUAGCAGCGGCAGUUCUAGCACUAGCAAGCCCAGACCACCCGCCGGAAGCGCCCCGCGAGAUGGAGUCCUGUCGAAAAUUUCGGUGGCGCCGGCGACGAAUUCGUCUGGCGGCGCCUUGUCGGCGUCAUCCUCCGGCAGUUCGUCUGCGUCCUCGUCUUCUGCGGCGGCUGCAGCCGGCAGCGGCCGGGUGCUCAAGUCCCGCAAGGAGAACGUGAUUCCGGCUACCACGACGGCCAAUCACAGCCACAGCUCGUCCCCAUCGACGGAACUGUUUGCCACCAAGGACAUAGAUAGGAUAGCGAAAUAUAAGGCCGACCGGCGCAAACCCAUUUAUUUAAGGAACACUGUCCAAGAAAACGAAAAUGAAAGACUGGAUAAUAGAAAGAAAUCAACGUCUAGAUCAGCAACCAAUACUCCUUCGUCAAGUGCAAUUCAUAGUAAAUCUCAAUCAUCCACGCUACAUCAUUCGAAAGCACCCGCGACUUCAUCGUCGUCGUCGUCAUCCGCCGCAACCUCCUCGAGCAGGCCAUGGCGGACCACGUCGACCAGUGGUUCCUCUUCUACAUCUACCUCCUCAGCUGCAGCCGCUGCUGCCCUCAACGGUGGAGUGAAACCCCGUCCCCACACGGCCACCGGGGGUAGCAGCUCAUUGCCACUGUCACCGUUGCACCAACAACCGCAAGGCACACGGCAGCAGCCCCAGCCACGGAAACCUCGGGACCGCAGCAACGUCCGCACCGUCAACAACGUCGCGAAAUCCGAGGAGAAACAGGUUGCCGCCGCUCCUCAACCGCAGGCGGCUAAGUUGCCUCAACAGCAGCCAUCACAGGCCCCACCACAGCAACCGAUCCGAACAACCAGAUCUUCCAGACUUCGUGCCGCUGCGCUGGCUGGCGGCGUCGUCGUCGGAGCAAUCGUUUCGCCGCACAUCGUCGAAGACGCCCACCAGCAACGCUUAAAAGCGUCCACAUUCGCUCCGCCAUCCAGUGGUCGGAUUAGGAAACUGCUCUCGCCGAACAACAAUAACAUCAUCGGGCUGAAUCGCGCCUCGCCAUCAACGAUGAAUACCGGAAACCGAGCAACGGCCAAACUGCGCGAUCCGAAGCCCCGACUCGUUCCCACCAUCACAGCCGUCAGUAUGAAGCAGAAGCUCAAGGAGACAACCGAAGUCAUUAUCAAACCGGCGGUGGCCGCCGAUAUCAAUCGUAACCGCCAAGCGGCGCCAAUGUCCAAAAGCACUAACCCCGCGGGAAGUGAUCUGCUAAACGGGAAUGCCCUCCCCACUAACACCAAUAACAACAAUACCGAACCCACCGCUUCGACGUCGCCGGCGGUCAGUAGUGGUGAGGAGGCUUUUUUGGAACGAAUCCCUUCGACUACCACCACAGCCGCCGCCGCUGCUGCUGAUCCGGGCCCUGCGAAACCCGGCGGCGAAGGGAUUCCAGUGCUCCAGCGACGUGCUCCGCACUUGAGUGCCAUCGGAGGCGGCGGUGGAGGCAGCAGCAGUAUGGAAUCGCCUCCGACGCCGCGGAUGCGAACCUCCACCAUGAAAUCCGGAUCGACGAGGAAGCCCCUGGCGGGACUGGAGCGGGACAUUGGGGCGCUGAGUCCGGUUAGGGGCUUUAACGGAGGAGCGGAGAUGGAACGGGAGAAGUCGGCUAAGCGGAAGUCGCACCUGAAUCGGGCACAGCACGAGGAAUCGACGGAAACACGACACUCGUCAACCGAACGGCACCGCAUCCGCAGCAAAUCCGGAAGUGCUCCAAUCUCCAGUCCGGAAAUUGUUGCUUCCAAAACCGUUUCCACUUCCCCGCCGACCUCAACCCACAUUGUCAACGGCGGCAAUGCCAACAUCACCCGGACGAUUUCAUCGGCCGUUCCGGUUGCAGCUCCAAGGACGACGACCCCCAGCAAACUCCCCCGCAAGUCGUCGCCUCCCGUGGAAAAAUCCACCUCACCCACAACCUCACCGGGACCACGAUCCUCAUCGUCCUCUUCCUCGUCGGCAACGACCAAGACGGCGACCGAGUUGGCUCCGAACCCAUCCCAGUCCUCCUUUGCGUCGCUUACAACGGCAACCUCAUCCUCCACGUCCCCAUCGCCUGCGCUUUCGUUCGAAACCUCGGUAUCCCGGAUCACACCGUCACCGAUUCCAACGUCCACAGCUUCCCAGGCCACCUUCGUUAUGGAAUCUUCCAGUUCGAGCGGCACACUGGCGGCGGCGGCGGCGAUUGCCAUAGAACCGGAGGAAUUGCAAGGCCGUGAUAGCAGCAACAGCAGUAGCAGCAUGGUAGAAGACAAUAGACAACUAGAUAGCAGAAUUUCGGAUGCCGAGCAGCAGCAGCAGCCUCAAGAGGAAGCAUCACUGCCGGAUUCGCCACUGCCCGCAGUGGUGUCACAAUAUUCUAAAUUUAGCCAAAUGUUAAAAUCGCCCACGCUGGAGAAGCACGAGUCGAGGGUGCCGGCCAUAGUUCCUUCGCCGCAGAUUGUGCGGCCACAGACGCCACAGGAUGACGAAGGGGAACAGAGGAUGGAUCAGGAGCAGGAGGAUCGUCAACGAUCCGAGGAAGAGGAUGAGGAGGAGGAAGUGGAGAAGGUCCUCGAAGAAGUGCCAUUAAUGAAGGAGGAUCGAGAAUUGAUUGAAAGGAAGGAAGAGGUGGACCAGGUGCUGGACCAGAGUCAGGAAUUGAUGGUGCCUUUGGAUGUGGAGGAAUUGCAGGAUGAGGUCCGCGGUCACGUGGAUCAGAUUGAUGUGGAUUUCAUGGAAGCCGGACCUUCCGGACUUUGUCCUAACGCUCUGAACAGUAACGGAGUGGAGGAUGGCGACGAGGAGGAAGAAGAACUGGCCACCGAUCAAUUGCUGUUGAUGCGAGAAGUUAGGAGAAGUCGCUCAUCUUCGCCUCGACCGGCCAACCGGAUUCUGUUCGACGAUAAGUUCAACGAUGAAUUUGUCGUGAUAGAGAAUAGUCCCAAGAGUCAUUUUAUACAAUCACUGGAUGAGACUGAUAUAAUUGUGAUUGGGGACAACGACGAAGACUACCCACCGAGACCGGCCAGCAGUAACAGCGCUGCGAUGGGAUCAUCCUACGAGAAGAAGCUGGUCAAGAUGAGCUCAGUGGAACAUUUUGAACAUCUGCACCAGAGGAAGAGUUGUUCUCCGCAGCGCAAGAAGAGCCUAUCGCCGAUCAUUCGCGCCAAGAGCAUGGAAGAAAGCCACCUGUCUGCAGCAAUUUCCCCCGCAUCGAACCAUAUCGUGUCAAUUCUAAAACGGAAAACCGUCGAAUCCAAUAGUUCUGCCUCGAGCAAUACCUCGCCUGUAACGUUCUCCCCAAGUGUCGUGGACACGCCCAUACGAUCGAACCGCCGACAAGGAAUUCUCAAGAAACGCUGCUCGCUGGACGAAAGCAGAUACAGUAGAAGUCACUCUCCGGAUGAUCGAAGCAUCCUGGUCAAGCACACCCGCCGAAACAGCUUCGAGGACGGCACCCAGCACGGAAUUCUCAAGCAGAAAUCCUACGAAUCCAAGGAGGACGUUUCCACCGCUGGCGGUGGCGGCAGCGGUAGCUCAACUGCCGUCAACAGCGUCGUCACUCAUGGAAUCCUCAAGAAGAAAACCGACAGCUCCUCUACCUCCACUCCCAACGAGCAGCCCAAGCACGUGUCGAUCUCGCAAGCGGUGAUCCUCGCCGCAGCUGAAAUCUGCCAGGAUAUGCUACUUGAUCAUGAGCACGAUCACGAGAUCCGCCCGAUCCUCAAAUCGGACAGCCAACCACUGCCCACCCCCAAACCCAUCCUCAAGAAGAAAUACUCAUCGGAAUCGGAAGAAAUCCGACCGAUCCUCAAAUCCUCCCGGAAGAGCAGCCGCGAGGAGAACUCCGACUCGGAAGAACUGAAGCGCUCCAUCCUCAAAACGGACUCCCCGGCCAAGCGACGCUCGUUCGGUGAUCGCGAUCCGGAUCCGAACGGAGCCCUGAUCAGAAGCCGCUCCCUGGAACAUCCGGACCCAGUUCAGGCGGCCGCCAUCGUCCCCCAGAUCCAGAACAUCGAAAAACCAAUCAUUUCCGUCGCCGAGCGGAUCAAACACAUGGAGAAGUUCCUAUCGUCACCGCCAGCAACGGCGGGAAAUGGCGGCACCAAUGGAACCACCACCGCUUCGUCAAGUCCCGGUUCCAGUUCCGGUGCCGUGCCCAAGCGUAGCGUAGCCGGAACCAGUGCCAGUUCGCGACGGGAGACGUUCCGUUUCAAAACGCAACCGAUCACGUCGUCGGAAAUUAGCGGUGUGCAACAGCAACAAGUUGAUCAUCGAUCGGUCGACAAUCCGGAAGAAUCCAUCUCGAGUGAAGAACCCACCAGCUUGGUGCAAACCGAAGAAGAAGCCGUGGUUUGCGGUACAGUGGAGUCCCUUUGCCGGCGUGGAUCUUUGGAAUCUCUCAUUUGCAAGGAGAAACUCCACUCGGACGAUAAGAGCCUUGAACUGUUGUCGCCGACCUUCGCUCACACCGAGUCCAACUCGUUCAGCGGCGAGUUUAACCUUGCUUCGCUCAGCUCCGACAGUGGUAUUCAGUUUGGGCGCGGGACGGAGGAAACCUCCGGGGCGGACUAUGUGUCCUCGGUGAAGACCAGCGACAGUGACAAGUCCCCAUCGAAGAAAACCAUCGACGACGAUCUGAACGAACUCGACGAGGAGGAGGACGACGUCGGUGACGGCGAAGGGGAAGAGCAUUUGCAGAUAAUCGAAGAGACUGAAGGACAGAAGCGCCUUUUGCUGAGUCCAUCCAGUGCGGCUGCGGCGGCCGUUGCCCAGAAUCGAAGACGUUCCGCCGGUUCGUCCAGUUGUUCUAGUUCUAGUGAUUUGAGUGAUCGGGAAGUCGAACGAAUGUACGCGGCGACGGUGAGUGGUGGUGGUAAUCAGCCGGAUGAUGAUCAGUCGUCGUCCGGUUUGCGGCGGUCCAAUAGCGUUCGAGCGCGGGCCACCAUGUUCCAGCAGAUGGAAAGCCGGAUGAAGGAGAACGAGAAUCCGGCGGCGCUUCCGCGAGGCAGACGAGUGAUGCCAACCGGAGCGGCUCCCACGCAGUUCGCAACGCAAACCAUCUCUCCAACGGACAUCGAAAGAAACAUCCACAGCAGCAGCAACGCAAACACUAGCAAUCUCAUCACGUCCAGCAGUAACCUCAACAGCAACAACAACAACAUUUCCGAUGAUUCCGGCACCGAGUUUGAUCCCUCGACACUGCAGGUAUCGAAGAAAAUCAAGCUCUUCUCCGGUGGCGGAGACCCACUUUCUGCUGGUGGUGGUGGAGGAGGAGGAGGAGGCGUGGCAACCGCAACGAUAACCACGCCCACCGGAGCCGGCGGCGUGGGAGCGCUACUACCAAAGAAAAAGUUCAAGUUCCGUACGAUUGGGAAGCUGAUUAUGCCAAAGUUUCUGAACGACAACAACAAUAACAUUUCCAACUCGGCCACCAGCACUCCACCGGCAGCGGAAGAAGCCAUGAGUGUGACCGUAACUCCUCCGAUAGUGUUAAAUGGUGGGGAGAAGGACGGGAAGAAAGGGGACGGGUUGCUCAAUUGCUCCAAGGUCGAACGAAUCCGACGGAAGUUCAUGGGCGACUCGUCGACACCCAUAGUGGAUGAAGAAGAAUGCGACUCCAAUGUUGAAUCUGGGAAGGAGAAUAACUACGAUAGUGGAGGGGAAGUCAACUCCCGGGGAAUUACGGCCUUGAGGAAAAACUUCGCGAACGGAAGUAGAUCUCAAAACAAAAGCAUCCUGCUUAACUCAUCGGCCGAAGUGGAAGAAGUGGUCGUCAAAGGAAAGGUUUCCAACAUGGCUAAACAGUGGAACCGGAUGCGAGCCAUGACUUUGGACGUCUCCGUAAUCAAGAAGUUAUCCAACUCCCCAUUUCCAACAGACUCGGCAAACCUGACCUGUGGUAGUCUUCCCUACGAAGGCGAUUCCAAACAGUACAGUACGAAUAAUUCUUCACUCUUCACCCGAAGUUCCUCCUUCAAAGCCAACAGUUCAAAAGUGAUCGACACCCGGUUCGCCCAAUACUUUGGCCUUCAAUCCCAGUCCCAAAAUCCCGUGGCCACCGUGUUACCCAACAACUCCCAGCCGGACUCCAACUCCAUAACAGCAAACAGCAAAACCCGUCACCGAUCUCGAUCAAUGUCCCGGGGCAACCCGCCGGCACCGCCCCCUCAACGCCCGGUAGAUGAACGAAUCGCCCAAUACUUCGGCAUCAACAAAACCUUCUCCGGAUGUGGAUCUCCCAACCGCGCCACCAACAGACCUCGGGCCAUCGUCAAACCCCAGCAGCGGCUUCUGUUGGACCCGGCCACAACUGUGACCAACCGACGCCGUCGGUCCCGCUCGAUGCCCCGGGAGUUCGAUGAACUGGACAAACUGCUGUACACGGAGAAGGACCACCCGGCCAGUUUGAGCUUUUGCGUUGCCAGUGGAGUGAGUAAGGUUUCCAAGCUGAAGCACUUUGAAGAGUUGAACAUCACGGCGGAAGAUCUCUCGAUGGCGGACACCGAAUUCGACAAGAUUUUCGUAGAUCAAAUAACUAGUCCUAGAAAAUCUCCCUUUGCCUACCUGCCGCCUUCGGGUCAGCAACCGCUGCCCUUCGUGUCGGAGCUCAAAAAAGGCAUCCUCAAGUCCAAGUCCGGCGGCAUUGGGCUCUUUCCGGCCGAUCUCAAUUCCGAACUGAAAUCUCGACUGCGCAAAUCAACCCACUCGUCGGUGAGCAAUCUGAAAAAGUCCACCACAGUUUCGAACAUCGAAUGUGAUGCCGUGGCGGCAGCGGCGGCAACGGCUGCGGUCGGUUCCUCGUCCGAGUCCGACGAAGAGGACGGUGUCGCGCCCGGUAAGAAUCUCGCGAAAAUGCUUCGUAACGUGUCGAAUACGGCCGCGUCGUCCACCACCGCGGCCGCCGGUGGUUACGUUCCACCCGGUGGGGUCGCGUUGUUUCCGUCGGUGCCCAGUUCGUUCGUUCCGUUGAAGAAAAGUGAUCUCGUCGCGUCCGGUAGUGGAAGUGGUGCCACCAGUGAUGGAGAGCAUCCGGCUUCGGUGGGUGGUGGUGGCGGUCGUGGCAACGUGGACUCGAUCCUGAAGAAUCCGGCUGUGGCAAGGAGACGACGGCAGAAUGAAGGCUACAAGCAGCAACUGGUGAAAAGCAAGAGCCAAUCGGAGCUUGCCACCUUCAUUCCGGCGUCGGCCAUCAUCUAUCACAACACGGCGAAACCAUUCAGCAGCAGCGGCGGCGGCUUCGGCCCAGUUGGCGUUGGAGUUGGCGUCGGAAAUGAUCCUCUGAGCUUCGGUGGUUCCAAGGACCAAAGGGCUGGUUUCCUGAAUCAACAAUCCGUAACCACCGGAGGGGACGGCGCAAAUCUGUCCCAACAGGUGCAACAGCAGCACUACCCAGUGCCACCCGGUUUCAUUGGGCUGAGACGCUGCCUAACGGAGGAGAUGCGCCCGGAUCAGGACUCGAUGGUGAAGAGUGUGUCGAUCGCCGAACGGUUGGCGGCCCUGCAGAAGAGCGGCGAAGAUGACUGGCGGAAGCGAAUUGCCAAGAAGGAUGUCACCGACGAUGUCCGACGGGAGAACUUAGUCAAUAAUGCCAUCCUUGUUGCCAAAUCGCUCGAGAGUCCGGUGAAGAACAACAGCCCGCGCCCGUUCAGUCGGCCCGCGGAUAUCGAAGGCGGGAACAUUUCCGACCGGCUCGGAAAAAUCAAAACGUCUUCGGAAAACUGGAAGAACCGUGUCGAACUCUCGGAUGCCACCAACUUCACCGUGGCGGGCCGAAUGCCCGCCGCCCGGUCGCCCAAGUUGCCGUUCAUCAAAUCCGACACGAAGCAGUCGCCACCGAUGAGCGCGUUCCGCAGUGUGAACCCGCCUCAGCUGGGCCUUGCCAAGAGCCCCUCGAUGAUGGUGUCUUCGGUGACUACCACGUCGACGCUGUACACUCCCACCACCCCCGGCGGACCACUUCCGAAUGGGAUACCAUCGCCAGUGGCCGCCUUGGCCGCCGUCGGCCAGCAACUAUCUAGUCAACUCAGUCAGCACAGAGCCGGAAUGGACAGUAUGAUGAAGCGUAGCAUUAGUGUACCCGGAGUGCCCUCGUCCGGCGUCUACGGCGAAGCCGGUGGGGAUCUCAAGUCCCACGCUGCCGGCGGUUCAAAGGUUUCAAUCCCAAAGCUGGACGACGAAUGCUUUGGCAACUUUUUCACCAAAGUCGAGAAAACCGUAGCGGCUACCACGUUCACCACGACCAAGACCAGUAGUAGCAGCAGUUCGUCGGCGGAGGUCGUCAUCGGAGAUUUCGACACGCUCAAGGUGGACAGCCAACGUCUCACGCAGAAGAAGGUUGUCCAGGGACCAAGACGCCGCGGUGCCAUGUCGAGGAACCCCCUCAAGAAGCUGGCUGCCCGGGACGAUCUGCAGACCGAGUACACCGAGAUCAAAACAGGUAUCGCCGAUAAAGAGUUGAAAAGACUCAAACUAGAAUCAAUUGCCAAAACUAGCAAUCUAGCCAUCGAAGCGCUUGCCGGCUUGGCUUCCGUGGAGGACUUCAAAUCGGUCGCACUAAAGUCCAGCAGUCUGCCUCUGAACCAAAGCUUCGUUCCGUACAAACCGUUGAUGUUGUUGCAUGUCAAGGGCCGCCGGCACGUCCAGACCAGGUUAGUGGAACCGGUGGCGCGGUCGAUCAACCGCGGUGACUGCUUCGUGCUGGUCACCUCGGAUCGGCUGUUCGCCUUCAUGGGUCAGUAUGCGAAUGUGAUCGAGCGGUCGCGCGCUAAGGAGUUGUGCGAUGUGAUCGUCCGGGAUAAGGAUUUGGGGUGCGGUGCUGCGACAGCGACGGUGAUCAACGAUGGCAAAUUCUGCAGCGAACGACAGCUUCGAGAGUUCUGGAAACUACUGGGGCGGGGUCAGGAAGACCACAAAGCGGAAGUCUGCGAUGCUGGUCACGCCGAUGAGGAUGAGCUGUUGGAGAGUUGCCUGAUCGAGACAAACAAGGUUUAUGAGUUUGAGGAUGAUGGAUUGGUGCCGCUGGAGGAGUACUGGGGUGCUACGCCUAAAAUUGCCAUGCUGGACAGUAAGAAAAUCUUGAUUUUCGAUUUCGGUAGCGAGUUGUACAUUUGGAAUGGGAAGAAUGCCUCCAGCGAAUCCAAGAGAGCUGCGAUCAAACUAGCUCAGGAGUUGUACUCGCAAGAGUACAGUUACGACAUGUGUCAGCUGAACCCGAUUAACUUCACGGAGUUGAGCGGUGAUAGACAGAGGGAUGCCAGACGCGUGCCGAAGAGCGGUUCGGUGCGACCGGAUUGGUGCUUGAUAGCGAAGGUUACUCAACACAUGGAAACGACUCUGUUCCGACAGAAGUUUAUCGAUUGGCCAGACAUUACCGUGCAAUUGAAGGAUGAUGGUUACCACUUGGGAGAUACUCCGAGUUUGGAGAUCAAGCCAGUUGACGGAGAGAUGUUGUUCAAAGGACAACCGUACGAGGAACCGAAUCUGGUGCUGGAAAAUUCUAGUUUGGGUCGAGGAAACUUUUACUACGAUACUAAUACGAUGCGCCACUUUGAUGUACUCACGAUAUCAGUGACGCAGUGGGAGAUUGAUGAAUACGAGUACAAGGUUAUUGAGGGACCUUCAUGCGGACAUUUCUAUUCUGACGAAAGCUACACGGUUCGCUGGAUGUACCAGGUAAGCGUUACAGUGCGGGAGCUAAGCGGAAAAGUCUCGAAUCGAAGCACCGUUGUUGGACGUGAUCGUUGCGCCUAUUUCUGCUGGCAUGGAAAGGACGCUCCGGCUAACGAAAAGGGCGCGGCUGCUCUACUUACCGUUGAGCUGGACAAAGAGAAAGGUGCUCAAGUCCGCGUGGCCCAAGGUCAAGAAUCGUCGGCGUUCAUUCGCUUGUUCAAGAUAAUGUUCAUCCACAAGAGCAAGAAGACUCCCCGUAACGCAUGGCGCUUGUACAUAAUUACCGGUAACUAUCCGGAAGAAACUGUCUGCACCGAAGUGACUUGCCAUGAACGUCAACUGCGGUCUCGUGCUACAAUGGUGCUGAUUAACGGCGAAAAGGGACGGGUAUUACUCUGGAAUGGCUGCAAAGCCCUACCUCAUGCCAGAGAAGUUGGCCAAAACGUACUGAACGCCAUUAUCCAGAACAAGUACACCGAAUUGUUCGAUGAAAGUCUCUCUUCUGUAAGCUCGAAAACUCUCGAAGAAGGUCAAGAAACUCAUGAGUUUUUCGAAGCGAUCGAUGGAAGCGAGAACCGUCACUCGUACCAUUCUUUGCUCGGCUCGAACCAGGACUUCAGUUUCACGCCAAGAAUAUUCAACCUGACCAGCAUCAAUAACGGAAAUUUCGAAGCUACCGAGUUGCAUUACAAUCUGCGGUGCAAAGACUUGAUGUCGGCGUAUCCCUUCCGACAGGACGAUCUGUACAAAGCUCGCCAGCCGACGAUAUUCAUGAUCGACAAUGGUCACAUACUGUGGCUCUGGCAAGGUUGGUGGCCAACGGAGGACGGUGCCGGCAGCGAUAGCGGAAGCAACAGCGGCAGUGAUAACCACAGCAGCUUCGACAGCAAUCGCUCCGGUGAGAACCGAUGGCAAAGCGAACGCCGAGUUGCGAUGGAAACGGCCGUUGCCUACUGGCAGGCGAAGCAGACAAAAUUUGGAAACUGUACAACAGCCGUCGAAGGAUCGAAGUCGAAAAAGGUUUGCAACGGAAACGAAGUCCAUGCACCGGUGCCGGACGAGAACGGUAACGGUGGGGCCGCCAUUGAUGAGGUAGACAUCGCCGGAAAAACCACUGCCAACAAUGGUACUGCCAGCGACGCAACCGAUGACUGUGAUACUAUUACUAGUGGUGAUCGUGAAACCGUAGUAGUUGGGAACGGGGAUGAUGACUUUGGUACUAAUGGUGGUGCUCGGGUAGCCGAACCGAAGGAGCGAAGCGCAUCGAGCGAAAUCAACGGCUACGUAGUUUGGGCUGGAUUGGAACCGCUGGAGUUCAUCGCCAUGUUUCCCGAUUGGGAGCAGCGAGACGAUGUUGCAGAAAUUAACGUACAGGAUGGCCGUAAAUCUGCCCCGCAGCCAAUAGCCAGCAGUCUGUCGCUUCUGUCGCGCAAGGAGUACCCCCUGUCGGUGCUGCUGGAACGACCGCUACCCGAGGGAGUCGACCCGACCAAGCUGGAGUUGUACCUCCACGAGCAGGACUAUCCGGAGGGGCUGGGCCUGACCAAGGCCGAGUUCGAUCAACUUCCGGCGUGGAAGCAAACCAAGCUCAAAAAGGAGCGUGGUUUGUUCUAAAACAGUAACACGCGAUCAUCAUCACUCGUUUCCACUAAACUUCCCUCAGACCCCAGCCUCCCUUUGCCUGUCUUUAAUUUGUUUUUUGUUUGGGAAAAAGAAAGGCCAAAUAGCAAAAUUUCGUUUGUUUUUACCGGAUGUUUUAUGUGUCUUAUAUUUUGAAAAAACGAUCAUCGAUAUGUUUUAUCUGUCUGCGUUCUAACGACGACAGACACAUGAUUGUAUUUUUUUUUUUUUGAUUUUCUAGUUGUUUAAAUUUUAUUCUGCAGUUGUUUAUUUCUUUGUUUUUGUUAUUAUGAUUUUUGUUUUCACUUUCCAAUGAAUGUUUUACGGUUCUAGUAGCGGCGCUCCCAUUUGUUUUCCACUUGAAUACUGUUUUUAAUUUAUGUAUCGAAUCAUAAGUGGCGCCACCGUGCUUUUCUAAAAUAGUCGUUUAAAACAGGUGGAAAACGUUAUUCUCUGAUUUGUAAACAACGAAAUUGUGCAUAAUAAAAGUUUCCACGGUAAUCGAACAAUGUGUCCUCCGACUGUGUGGAGAUUUCCGCUUUUUUAAUCGAAGAUUUCAGCUGCCCUCUAUGAUUUUAAUCUAAAAGUUCGAAGGAACGGUGUGUGGAAUCAACACUCAACUCAAGAGUACGAGAUUGCUUUAUACAACCUUUUUGUAGGGAUAGAAAUGUAAUAGCAGCGCUGACGAUUUCAUAACUAAAAAGAAACAUGAAUUAAGUUUACACAUCGACAUAAAAUAAUUACAUGUAUGAAUACCAUUUCGCCAUUUGCCAAAAUUUAUGUAAAAAAUGUAAUUUUAUUAACUUUUGUAAGCUUCAAUCGCGCAUAUAUACAUAUAUUUUUAAAUAAGUAGCAGCCUAAAAUUAACUCUGUCUCGCUUUUUUGCCCUGCAGGUUUAUGUAGAAAUGUGUGCUAUCCUCUUUUUUAAAUUAUUUCUCGUAGAAUGUUUAGGAAACAUGAAAAAAAGGCAAAAAGUGGAAUCCCUCUUCUCUCUUGGCAGUGAUAGUAUGUUUCAUAAGGCGCUUAUUAUUAUUAUUGUUUGGGUUUAGUCCCACGUUAAUGUGUUUAGGAUACCAUACGUAGCUUUUAGGUGGAUCGGUCUUCAAUGAAGCGAACAAAAGUCACAACCAAAAGAGUUGAACAAUCGUAUAGUAAGGAAAAAGUACUUAAAAGAACUGAACUCUGCUCGAUGGCGAACAAAAAGAAAACAGGAAAAGCCUAGAAAGCACGGCUAAACCACUUCCCCCAUUUUUUGAAGGGAAGAUGUAUUUUGUGAACCCGAUUAAAGCCUGUUUGUGCGCGCGAGUGUGCGUGUGCGUGACGUGACGUGCUAUUUGUAGUGAAACAGUAACUCUGUGUUCCAUAUUUACCUUAUCAUACUAUUCGAAAAAAAAAACAUUACGAAGCCCACACACACCACAUCAUAGCAAACGUUCAGAAAAGCCGCCAACGCUAAAUUGAAAAAAAAACAACUAUUUCUUGUGUGCUACUAAAAUAGAAAUAAAUACGAAGGAAUCGACCGAAACCAAGAAAAAUCACAAUCACUAAAAUGCCAGCCUCAUUGAGUAUAAUAUAAAUAUAUACAUAUACACGAAACAAAAAAAAAUCAACUAAAAACCUUACAACAGCCGAACAUUUAUCACCACCACGUACACUUUACAAACACACAAACAAAUUACACACAUUUUAAGGUAUACACCUUGAGUCAAUAGAAGCAGCAAAAAAAAAAUAUUUAAUAGUCAUUUGAUCGAACCAACAGUAAAGUACGGUCGUUUACUCGGCUAAUAAACAGAGGAAUCAUAUAUGCAUAUGCUUUGUAACGCUCUCCUCCUCAUGUGCAGAAGAAAACGAUCGCGAACGAACAUGAAAUACACAGGAGCUAAAUUUUGAAACCGAAAGACGAAACCGGAGAAUAAAGAAAAAUGAAAAACUUUUUAUCAAUAA